CCUGCAGUCAGAGCUUCCUCUUCCUCUCCCGCUGCCGUGUCACGCGCAGAUAACCGAUUCUAAUCGGUGCUAUCGACCUGCUGUGGCCGGCGGACCGCAGCGUGUGCACCUGUGCGCAGCUGUGUGCAGCUGUGUGCAGCUGUGUGCAGCUGUGUGCAGAUGUGUGUGACUUUCAGGACUCCAGAAGUUUCUCCGACUGAAGGGCCUCCUGCGGACUCAUGGCAGCAGCAGACACAAAGCUGGGAGGGUCCGAGGAGUCCAGUCUGCGGUCUGAAGAGUCCAGUCUGCGGUCCGACGAGUCCAGUCUGCGGUCCGACGAGUCCAGUCUGCGGUCUGAAGAGUCCAGUCUGCGGUCCAAGGAGUCCAGUCUGCGGUCUGAAGAGUCCAGUCUGCGGUCCAAGGAGUCCAGUCUGCGGUCCUGGGAGUCUGAGCUGACCUCCGUCCAGCACUCGCUGAAGUUCGUGGCGCCGCUGAAGGAGGAGUUUGUCUGUCCGGUCUGCAGAGGAGUCGUGCUCAACCCGCAGCAGAACUCCUGCGGACACAUCUACUGCUUCCUCUGCCUCCAAAAACUGCUGGAGAGUUCUUCAGCGUCCGGUCCAGUCUGUCCCGUGGACGGAGCCGUCAUCACACCAGCUGAGGUUUUCCAAGACAACUGCUGCAAACGAGAAAUCUCCAGUUUAGAAGUGUACUGCACCAACUCCCCAGAAUGCACCUCUGUCGUCACGUUACGCCACCUGCAGGACCACCGGAGCUGCUGUGAGUACGAGCGGCUGCCGUGCGGUAACCCCGGCUGCAGGGCCGUGCUGCAGCGGAGACAGCUGCAGGAACACCUGAGCGUUACCUGUCCUCACCGCGCCGAGCCCUGCCCGCACUGCCAGCAGCCGCAGAGACUCCGCCUCCUGCAGGAUCAUGUGCAGAGCUUCUGUCCCGAGGUGCAGGUGGACUGUCCAAUCGGCUGCUCCCUGAAGGUCCCCAGACACAAGCUGGCUGAACACAGAGAGGCGUGUCCAGAGCUUCACGUCGACUGUUCUUAUAAGAAGUUCGGCUGCUCCGUGAAGGACAGGAGACGCAACGUUAAGCUGCACGAAGACGCCGCUGUCGCUCAUCACAUGCUGCUGGUCCUGAGGAGCAACACACACCUGGAGCAACAGGUGGAGGUUCUCCAGGAGGAGGCGCUGCUGAGGCAGCAGGAAGUGCAGACAGACAGUUUGCUGCUCGCUGCUCUGCAGAAGAAGAUGCGCCCGCUGCAGCAGCAGAACAGCAGCCAUGAACACCUGGUCUCUGCAGCUCAGAGGGCACUGUGCAGGCAGCAGGAGGUCCUAUCCUCCGUCCAGCAGGUUUCUCGGGGACUCGGUGGUCUGGAGGAUCUGGAGGAACUCAGGAAGUCUCUGGAUGCUGCGAUCCAGGAAGUGUCUGCAGCCGAGGCCCUCAGAGAACACCUGGGAACUUUGGGGGAGAAGCUGAAGCAUCACUCGGGUCUCCUGGAUCUCCACGCCGCCACGCUCGGUCACAACAAGCAGCGCCUGCAGGAGCUCGAGGCCACGUCGUACGACGGCAGACUGAUCUGGAAGAUCGAGGAUUUCGCGAACAGGAGGGAAGCUGAGGUCAAAGGUCAGCCUCCGUGCCUGAGCAGCGUGCCCUUCCAAACCGGACGCUGCGGCUACAAAAUGGCCUCCAAGGUCUAUCUGAACGGGGACGGCGAGGGAAGAGGGACACACCUGUCUCUGUAUGUGGUCCUGAUGCCGGGAGACUUUGACGCUCUGCUGCCGUGGCCUUUCAGACAGACCGUGUCUCUGUCCGUUCUUGAUCAAAGCGGCGCCGCUAACCACCGGAGUCUCAGCUUUAGACCCGACCCGGCAUCCAAAAGCUUCCAGCGCCCCGCUGCCGAGUCCGUCAGCAACGUGGCCGUUGGGUUUUCAUGCUUCAUUCCUCUCGACCAGCUCGCUGCGUACGUCGAAGACGACACGCUGUUCGUCAAAGUGAAGGUGGACAUGGCAGGUUUAGAGCAUCUGUAGGCUUCUGUCCUCUAUGUCACUGGUUCUAAAAUGGGGGUAGGUGUCCCCCUAGGGGUACUUUGGAGGACUGCAGGGGGUACGUGUCCCCCUAGGGGUACUUUGGAGGACUGCGAGGGGUAGAUGCACUCCAGUAAUGUUUGCAGAGAACCUCACCUCCUGAAGAAAGCUCAGCUGAUCCCCCAGGUUCACCUCUCUCUGAAUCUUCUGCAGGUGAAGGGACAUCUAGGAUCACAGCUAGCACAACAACCAGUGAAACACAGACACAGAGCCUGCAGUAGGAAAG